UAUACGUGGGCUGUUAUCGCUGAUUAGCUAAGAGAACUACUUACUAUCGCGGAGGUAUAAUCGAUAAUUGUUAACAGUGCGAGGCUUCAUUCAUAAGUGGCGGAAAUAGUAUUCCUACUCCAUUCAUAAGGUCAUUGAAUUUAUCAAUAGCUUUUCAGUUGUAGUUCAUUCACUCGAGGGAAUAGGUUAGAAAUUGUGAGAUCGUGUUCUGAACAAAUGAGACAAGAUAUUAAAGAGUGCACUAGCAUAUCUAUGGAUAUGUCAGGCGUGGAAGAGAACAUCGCGAGCGGCAUUACCGCCGCCGACGCUGCAAAAUAUGUCGAGAACAACGACGGCACGACACUUGUGCUGGACUGCCGGCCAUUUAUGGCUUACAACAACAAUCACGUACUGGACGCUCUCAAUGUGUACUGUCCACCUAUAUUGAAACGACGCUCAAACGGAUUCGUGAAUCUGGAAAACAUUGUCACGUGCGAGCGCCGACGACGACUGUUGAUUGACAACGAAUACGAGCGCGUAGUGUUAUAUGACGCCGACACCGCGGAUCUGGCCGAGUCGGCCAAGGACUCGAACCUCUAUCCGGUGCUGAAAAGUCUGAAGCAACAGGUGCAGAUAGAACGGGUCCACUUUAUUGUUGGUGGGUUUACUAGUUUCCAGGAGAAAUUUCCGGCGCUCUGUGUGGGCCAGAAUGGGAACCCUGCAAUCAUCUCCCUGGCCCCACCCCCGAAGUACAGAACUGGCAAGGGAGGUCCAGUUGAGAUCAUACCGGGACUCUACCUGGGCGACUCCACCCACUCGUGCCAGGCGGCCGUGCUGCGGGAGCUGGGUGUCACAUGCCUCCUGAACGUGUCCACCACGUGCAAGAACAUGUUCGAGGGCGAGUUUGACUAUAUGAACAUCCCCGUUAAUGACAACGACCAGGCCAAUCUCGCAGACUGGUUCCUCGAAGCCAUUAACUUCAUUGACAACGCCCGGGACAAUGACGGGAAAGUGCUGGUCCACUGCCAGGCGGGAGUCAGCCGCUCCGCUACCGUCUGCAUCGCCUACAUCAUGUACAAGAACGACAUGACGCUCGAGGACGCCUUUGACCUCGUGCGCGCGCGCCGCGGUGUCAUCUCGCCGAACCUCAACUUUAUGCAGCAGCUCAAAGAGUUUGAAAAAGAAUUGAUUUGUAGAAAGAUGUCUGACAUUUCUGACUCGGUUUGUUCUAUUUCUACGUCACUCGCCUCGGUGGAUUUUGACGCCACUAGUUCAUCGACGUCAGUGUCUGACUAUUCAGCGUCCAGCGGUGCGUUCGACUUCACGUUCGCGUCGUCGAGUGUGACGUCACCAGCGGUUGCGCCGGUUUCACCGAGGGAGCUUGUAUCCCCGAUCUGAUCUUGCACCAGGUUUUAGUGAGGAUCAGAAAUCUCAGCCAUUUAGCGCUGAUGUGGCAGCUUUUUCGAGGCAAUCCGAAAGAAACCCGCAGUCGAUAGUGUCUACGCGUGACGUUGACGUGACUUUUAGUCAAGUAGACGUGACGGGCUACUCGUUAUUGAGCGGCUUCACGGCAGACUCAGGCUCUUUCGAGCGUUUGGAAGUGUUCAAAACUUGCUACCUAUCGACAACCGAAACGAAAUUGAUUUUCGUUGAAAACCAUUGUCUGAAAACGACGGGCGUGAUUUGAUCACGUCUUCAAAAUUUGAACUGUGAUAAUUACCAUUGUAGCAUAGAUGAAUUUAUUUCGGCAUUGUAUAAAACAUUAACAUUUUGUCAUUACAUGUUUGGAUAUUGUUUGUUUUUUUCCUUAAAGGUGCAUAAUCAAAGUCCAAUGUCCGUUUUUAAACGAAGUCAGGAAACUUCAAUUUUUGUAUUUAACGAAUUUUGUUUAAAGGACCUGUUUAACAGUGCCAACCUUAAAACAUAGAUAAACACAUCUUUGUUGACCUUAUUUGUUUUUCUCUAAUGGGAUACAUUUGCAUUUUGUAUCAUGAAAACAUUGAUCACUUUUCGAUCAACAUAAUAUAUCAUUUGUAUGUACAAAACACAUAUAACGCUCCAACGUAUUAAACGAAGCACUACUUUUUAAUGUCUUCUCUGAUAAUUAUGUCAUUUAUUUAUUAUUCACAGAACUUACCAAAGAUUGAAACAUACACUUUGCAUAAUCAAAUUAUUAUAUUUUGAUAUUAACAUUUUUUUUUGGUUUGACUUCAGGGUUCUAAGACAAAAAUAACUGAUGUUCAACAGUUUCAUUUACAUUUUGUUAAAACUGUUAGAAUUUGUUUUCAUUUUUUGUGUAUGACGAAAGUGGUUUUUCCACUUUUUUUUGGAUUGGGACAGGGUCCUUAAAAAAUUGUAUAAAAUAGGAUAAAUGACUAAAAUUGUGAGUUUACCAUAGCAUAUUUCAAGCAAAGAAUGAUAGCAAAGCCCUCUUUAAGAUCCUGGAUUUUAAUACUUUUUAGAGAAUAAGGCUGAAUUUAAACACAUCUAUACUUGUGGACUAAAAUAGGAGUUGAAAAUCAUCAUUUUGUAAAUAGUUUACAUUUUGAGAUUUUAAAUGGUGUGGAAUUUCGACCCCCUUUUCAGUCGAAAAGAAAACUCUGGAAUACCAGAGAAAAGUAUAGAUUAUACUAGUAGUUGACUUGUUGCCGUUCUAUAAAAGUGUUCAUAAUUAUUUUAAUAGUCUAUGCAUGACAAAGAAUUUGGUCGUCAAGCUAUUUUGAUAUAUUUUAUCGCCAUAACUUCUCCAACUAUUAACUUAAAAGUAUGCUAAUGGUAUCUAUACUGGUAUAAUAUAUUUGCGCGUUUCAAAAGACCAAGGAUUGGUUAACAAUGUUAUUAGCACAAACUGUAUGCAUAUGUUACAAAUCAUUUUGCACCAUGAAUGCAUUUCAAUUGCUGAAUAAGAAUACAUAAUUAUGCGUGUAUGGAUUUGCUAGGAACAGCUAGCCACCCACUCCUUUAUAAUUUUAAAGAUUGUCUCAGCGUGUGCCUAAUCAAGAUUUUAUGCCAUUAAUUUCCUUGCAUGAAUAAUGAUUGUUAGUCACCAGUCUUAUUAUGUAAACGUUGAAGUCAACUAUUCACUGUGACACUUGAAGAUCUCGGUGAACAAUAUAAAGGCUUGUUAUUUGAUCCUGCCAUGGGAGAUUAUAUUCAUAUUCAAAUAAUAAACUUGAUGUCUUGUGACCCUGGUUUAUCAUUUCGAUAUCUUUUACACAAUAGUGCUUGCUAAUAAAAAACAAGUAAACAAAAUGAUUAUAUACACACACUAUACAUAUAUAUAUAUAUAUAUAUAUAGGGAGAGAGAGAGAGAAAUUUGUAAGUUUGUCUUUAUUUUCGUUGAAUCGUACAUGAAUCUAACUAAUUUGCAAGCCAAAAACAUUCUCUUUUGUAAACUUAUUUUAAGUGGGUUGUUUUUCGGGUUUUUUAAUCUUCACAUCAAAAUCAUUCAGAUGAUACUAGAACUAUAUAUGGGAUCACAAGGCGUAAACAAAUAACAUAAUUAAUUGUUCAACGUGAACCUUAAAAUAGACGAAAAACUGCAACCAACGAAAUGAUGACAUCAGGAGAUCGUUUCAUUGUUAAGCGAUAUUAACAAUUGUUCAAUAAAGGGUGUGGUAAAAAUGAUUUAUCCUACACACUUAGAAGAAAAGUAGUUCCAUGAUUUCAGCCUUAUUUUAGGCGCGAUGGCUCAUUGUAUAAAGCUAAUCAUCUUGUUGACUCUUCUUACACCUAUUCAGAUUAAAAACCGCAGAAUGUUAUUCAAGUUGUAUAAUUUCCUUAUAUGGUAAAACUUGUACAAAUGUACAAAUACACGCUGAAUGAUUGAACAUUAUUUUGUUAGCAGUUAAAAACUGUUUACUGAGUUUAAACAGACUUAUUUUUGUGUUUUCAUUUUUUUUACCAUUUUCGUUCUUCGUUAUCUCACACAGUUGUUCAUUUAAAUUACACUGUUAAAAUAAAAUGUUAAAUACUAAA